AUGACCGCUCCCUGGCGGCGCCUCCGGAGUCUGGUUUGGGAAUACUGGGCCGGGCUCCUCGUGUGCGCCUUCUGGAUCCCGGACUCGCGCGGGAUGCCCCACGUCAUCCGGAUCGGAGGAAUCUUUGAGUAUGCAGAUGGCCCCAACGCCCAGGUCAUGAAUGCUGAGGAGCAUGCCUUUCGAUUUUCUGCCAACAUCAUCAACAGGAAUAGGACUCUGCUGCCCAACACAACCUUGACCUAUGAUAUCCAGAGGAUUCACUUUCACGACAGCUUCGAGGCCACCAAAAAGGCCUGUGACCAGCUGGCGCUGGGGGUGGUGGCCAUCUUCGGGCCGUCACAGGGCUCCUGCACCAACGCAGUCCAGUCCAUCUGCAAUGCCCUGGAGGUGCCCCACAUUCAGCUACGCUGGAAGCACCACCCACUGGACAACAAGGACACCUUCUACGUGAACCUCUACCCCGACUACGCCUCUCUCAGCCACGCCAUCCUCGACCUGGUCCAGUACCUCAAGUGGCGAUCGGCCACCGUGGUCUAUGACGACAGUACAGGGCUCAUCCGACUGCAGGAGCUCAUCAUGGCCCCAUCGAGGUACAACAUUCGCCUGAAGAUCCGCCAGCUCCCCCUUGACUCCGAUGACUCACGCCCCCUACUCAAGGAGAUGAAGCGGGGCCGUGAAUUCCGCAUCAUCUUCGACUGCAGCCACACCAUGGCCGCCCAGAUCCUCAAGCAGGCCAUGGCCAUGGGCAUGAUGACGGAGUACUACCACUUUAUCUUCACCACUCUGGAUCUAUAUGCAUUAGACCUGGAGCCCUACCGCUACUCAGGGGUGAACCUGACAGGGUUCCGGAUCCUCAACGUGGACAACCCCCAUGUCUCGGCCAUCGUGGAGAAGUGGUCCAUGGAGAGGCUGCAGGCGGCUCCCCGGGCAGAGUCCGGCCUGUUGGACGGAGUGAUGAUGACUGACGCGGCCUUACUGUAUGACGCCGUCCACAUCGUGUCCGUGUGCUACCAGCGGGCACCCCAGAUGACCGUGAACUCCCUGCAGUGCCAUCGGCACAAGGCCUGGCGCUUUGGCGGCCGCUUCAUGAACUUCAUCAAGGAGGCUCAAUGGGAAGGAUUAACUGGACGGAUUGUUUUCAACAAAACCAGUGGCUUACGGACGGAUUUUGAUCUGGACAUCAUCAGCCUGAAGGAGGACGGCCUGGAGAAGGUUGGGGUGUGGAGUCCUGUGGAGGGGCUCAACAUCACGGAGGUCGCCAAAGGCCGAGGCCCGAAUGUCACCGACUCUCUGACGAACAGGUCCCUCAUCGUCACCACCGUGCUGGAGGAGCCCUUUGUCAUGUUCCGGAAGUCCGACCGGACCCUGUUUGGGAAUGACCGCUUCGAGGGCUACUGCAUCGACCUGCUGAAGGAGCUGGCCCACAUCCUCGGCUUCUCCUAUGAGAUCCGGCUGGUGGAGGACGGGAAGUACGGGGCACAGGACGACAAGGGCCAGUGGAACGGCAUGAUCAAGGAGCUCAUCGACCACGUAAGUGGGAGGGCACCCCCUGGGAGGCUUGGCCAAGUCCAUACACAUCAGGGUGGGGCAUCCUGGCAGGUGGGGGCUCCGGGGAGCAGGGAAGAUGGAGACAAAGGUUGUGACCUUGGGGAGGACCCAACUGCCUUGGGCCUGCCUUGCUCACGCUCCCCGGGUCCCAGACGUUGCCCUGCACCAAUGUAUUGCCUCCCAUCUGACCGAGCCUUCCCCACUUUGGUGACUUUGGUGAGCUCGCUCUGGAGGGAUGCCUCAGCUCCUCACUGCCUCCUGCUCCCCUGAGAGUGACCAGAGGAUG